ACCCGAACGACCCUGACCCUAAGCUGAAUCCAAUGCAUUCCGCCAGAAAGACUUGAUACUUCCGGUUCAAUUUGCCACCCCAGCCCCAGCCAGGCGAGGUUCAAAUUCCCCAUCCGCACACGGGGUAUGAUGCAGCCUCGAAUCCAGCGCAUAACUAUUACAAAUUUGUAUCGUCUUACUGUCAGUCAACUUCCACUUUUUCCAGUAUACUUUAAAGAGAAAAUAGAAGAGGAAGGUCACUGCAAUUCCCUACCAAUCCCCAUAAUUUUGCUUGAUUCGCGAUAUGGCUGGCGGCAACUUCAGAUUUGCGAUCGAUCGAGGUGGAACUUUUACAGACGUUUAUGCCGAAUGUCCUAACGGAGAAGUACGAGUGAUGAAACUGCUGUCGGUGGAUCCUGCAUAUCCUGAUGCACCAAGAGAAGGAAUUAGACGAAUAUUACAAGAGGUAUUACGUAUGUAACAUUUCUCGGAAGCGUCAAUUGUUUUUAAUGGACUUCAGGUGAUCUCUUAUUGAGCCCCUUGUUAGUGUGGAAUUUGGCCGUUCCAUGUCUAGGUGACCAUUCCAUUUUGUGCCCACCACGCCUAUGGGUUGUCUUCGAAGGGUGAGGAGGAAACAAAUUUGUAUUUCUAAGGGAACAGUUGAAAAAGCGUCUUCCUGUAGAGAGAGAAAAAAUAAUCGUCAAAUUCAGACUUACUGAUUUCACAACUGAAUGUUCUGAAAACUGAGUUAGAAAGAACUUCUUGUUGAGACAGGGUUUAAGGUUAACGAGUAAAUUUCAAAGUUAUGGAAUUGCUAUAAAUUGUACGAGCAUAUACCCAUUACCUCUUGACAGGUAACAGGAGUAAAGAUGCCUGCAGAUCAGCCUAUUGAUCCAAAGUACAUUGAGUGGAUAAGGAUGGGGACCACAGUGGCUACAAAUGCUCUGUUAGAACGAAAGGGAGAAAGAAUGGCUCUGGUUAUUACUGAAGGAUUCCAUGAUUUGUUGCAUAUUGGCAAUCAGACAAGACCAUACUUGUUUGAUUUAGUAAGACUCAUUUAUUUAUUUAUUUAUUACACUUCUGUAUAGUCCAAUAACACAGCCACAUCAGACUUUGGUGACUUUGAUGUUGUUCUUAAAUCUUCAUAACACGACAAUUCUCUGCCAGGAGUUCCCUCUCUUUAGCCUUCAUGGGAAUUUAUGAUGCUGCAUUCAUUUGGCUGCUGUGCAUGAUGGAAACAUUAGAAUCUUAAGAAACUGCUAAGCAGCAUUGACAGAAAAGGGAAACCUUAAGUUGAUUAUCAACUACAGUUAGUCAGUAAGUGUGAAUUUGAAAGAAAGCUGAAAUUUGGAGUGUUGUAUUAGGAAAAGGGCUAAUUCUGAAGACAUCAACUUCCUUUGAUUUGCUGUCACUGCAGUUAAUAAUCCUUUGUCUAAUUGUUUUGGUCAAUUAUUAAUGAAGCACUACAAUUAACAUAUUGCAUCUAUUUCUUUUUUUUAAUUAUUCUUUCCUGGUAAUAUAAGGUUUUAUCAAUAAUUAAAAGUAGUUUUCCACUUUUCCCAAUGAUCUAGCAGAUCUAUGAAGAUACAAAGCUCUAUUAAGCCACUUGUUGUUUUGUAUUAUAAACAGAAAGCAAAUUGUCCAGAGGUCUUGUAUGAUGAUGUGAUUGAAGCCAGAGAGAGAGUUGUUCUAGUGCAAGAGAAAAGUGAAUUAGAACUGCCAGAUGACAGCUUCAUGGUUACUGGAGUUACUGGAGAAAAGGUGAAGAGGAGGAAGUUCGGGCUAAAACUAAAAUGGAUAAUAAAUUAUUAAUGAUAAUCAGGGUUUUAAGUUACUUAAAUUUGCUGUGGGGAGGAAAUGUUUAUUUUUACCUGAGGACCAGUGGGCUCACAUAAUUGACAUGUUGGAGUUAAGGCAGAGAGAGAGAGAGAGAGAAAGUGUGCAUGUGUGUGAUUUUGAUUUAGGGCUGAGAUGAAUUUUUGCUUGUUUGUGACUAAUUAACCCUUUCACUCCCAAGAUCUAAUUAGUAAUUCUCCUUACUAUCUGCCAUACAAUUCUCAUGAUGUUAGUUCAGAAAAUUUGGUAUUGGAUCAACUAAUAAUCCUGUAAUUGAUAUUCUUCUCUAUUCUCAUCACCUGCCUGCUUGAUAUUGUAUUGAUAUUGUAAGGAGAAAUUUUGUCUUGGUCACUUGUGGGAGUGAAAGGGUUAAGAGACCUAGCUCUGAGUCAAUGACAAAAAGUUUAUUUUUGAAAUAUUAUGGUUAACAAAAUUCAACUUGUUUUAAUUUUUGUUUGCUAUUGAUCCUUAGCUCAUAGUUUGGAAACCACUUGACAGAUUGAAGCUCAAACAGGAUCUGCAGGUGAUAUAUUUACUAUUGAGACUGCUUAACUAUAAGUCCUGUGUAGUAAUUCUUAGCUGCAGCAUUAGCUAACCCUUUGCAAAAUGGGAUGGGGGGGGGGGCAAAAUCUGUGGGAGCAUAUCUUUGGAUCAAAAUAGGUUUUUGAAACUAAAUGCUAAAGAAUUUUGGGAACUAGAUUUAGAGCAAAGAAAUUUAAAGUUUUGCACAUAGGAACUGAAUGAUUGGUAGCCUUCCUUUUUAUUCAGAUCUGUUCUUUGUUUUUUUCCCCUAAAUUUCAUUAUGUUAAUAAGAUUUCCUGAAAAUUCUGGAGGGAAGGGUUGGAAUAAGCUGCUCCUUCUCUAUGACUAGUAUUACUAAUAGCAUUCUUUUUUUUUAACAAAAGAGGAUUCUGGAUAAAGGGAUCAAGAGUCUGGCAGUAGCACUUUUACACUCAUACAUGUAUGGUAAUUUUUGUCUUUAUUUGGCCUACCUUGUUUUCCUCCUUUCUAUGUUCAAUGAUGGCACAUUAGAUUGGUUAUUUUACGUUGACGUAAAUUUUGCAACCUAAGGUUUAUAGAUAAACAAUAUAUUUCUGAACAACCAUAAUUCUGGUGUGACUUUACAUGGAAAUUGAUUUACAGGUGUCCAUAUUUUCAUUUUUCAUUACUAUAGAAUUAUAUUUUCAAUUGGAUCCCUUCUGACAGUGACUGCAGAUACAAAACACAUGCCCCUCACAGUAAAAAAUGCCAGCUGUAGUUCUCAAAGUCUCAUAUUUAUAAUUCCCUUUCCUUUAUAUUUGGCCAAGAUGAAUUAAUGAAUGGAUUCACAUCUUACCUUAGGAAUACAUGUGAAAUGUUUGUACUGGCAUUCAGGGGAACUUAUCCAUUGCAUUUCUCAUCAUAACAUUCAGCAGCUAUACUUACAAUAAAUACAUGUACAUAGAGUAAAAGUUUCUGUAAUAUCUUUGUGUACUUUUGGAUUAUUAUGCCUCAAGAUAUGACAGCCAUGAGAGGGAAAUUGGCCAAGUAGCCCUUGAAAUGGGUUUUGAUCAAGUAUCAUUGUCAUCUGCUGUUAUGCCAAUGGUAAAAGUUGUUCCAAGAGGAUACACAGGUACGUGAAACCGAUACCAUCUGUUCAUUUUUAAAUCUGGAAGUAACCAAGCUAAGACAAUAUUAUCAGUUCUUGGGCAUGCAACAAAAUAGUUUAAAGCAUGGUCAACCAUGUCCACUGUGAUGCAGCUUGAUUUACAAAUAAACAAUUUCUGCUCAUCGGUUAAUUGGUUUGUUGUCAUUUCCUGAACUGUUCUUUUUCAGCUUGUGCAGAUGCUUACCUAACACCUUGCAUCAAGAGAUACGUAAAUGGGUUUCUAUCUGGUUUUAAGAGUGGAAUUGAGGUAAAAUCAAAAUUCCAUUUGGGUGGUAGGGUAUAAUGUAUGUUCACCGGGUGUUUUAUCCACAUCAGAUAUAAGUUACUGGAUUGAAAUGGACCUGCUUUUCUGACUGUCAGUUUUUAAUAUAUGAAGUUUGUUGUUUAUCCCUUUUUCAUCUAUAGGAAAAAGUCUUGUUCAUGCAGUCUAAUGGUGGACUAACUCCUGUGUCAAAGUAAGACAUUAAAUAGAAUAUUAUCCUUUUUUAUCCUUUGACCCCUAAGAGUAACUAAAAUCUUAUUUCUCCUUACAAUAUUGUUCCUGAACCAUACUUUAAGGUCACGAGAAUAAACAAAACAAUCACAAACUAAAGAGUUCUCAAUUGUUAAACAAAUUCUCCUUGCUAGCACCUUAAGAAGUGCACUGAGACUAGUAUGGAGAAUAUGCAUACUGAUGUUAGGGUGUAUAGGGUUGAUAAUGUGUUAAAAAGGGAGCAUUUUGUAACAGUUAGGUACAUAUACCAUGAAAUGAAAGUCUUUAAAGUGUUAGGUUUCUAACUGUUGUUUUAUCUGAAUAAAGGUUUUCUGGUUCUCACGCUAUUCUCUCUGGUCCAGCAGGAGGAGUGGUAAGUAACAGUACUUUUAAUUUUUCAUUAGUAUUAUGUAGUACUUAAUCUCACCUUUGUAAUCAAUUCACUUAGCAAAGUUUACAAUUAAAUGAUGUUGUCAGCAGUCAUCAUCAUUAUAACGCCUGCCCUUAUCAUUGUCUUCCCCUUGCUGACAUCUUCCUGGUGAAGAACUUCUACUGUUUUAUUGUAGGUUGGGUAUGCUAUGACAACAUACUGUACAGAGACAAGACAACCUGUUGUUGGCUUUGACAUGGGUGGUAUGUGCAGAUACACAACAGAUUAGCUGAAAAAUCCAAUCUUGGGUUACCAAUAUAACCAGUUAGAUCAUGGAUGAAUCACAUAAGUCAUCUAAUAAUCCCAAUACAAUGAAGUGGGUGUGUUAACCAUUCAAUAAAUUUUCUAAUUAUAUACUUGAGUCUGUAGAUUCAUACUCUGUUAAUAUGUAAUGUAGGAACUUCAACAGAUGUUUCUCGUUAUGCUGGUCUGUAUGAGCAAGUGUUUGAGACAACAACUGCAGGAAUUACUAUUCAGGCCCCUCAGGUACAUUGCAUUGGUAAUUAAAUGAUUAUCAUUAUGAUAAUUGUCUUUGCCAACUAAUCUAUAUUCAACUUGUCUUUUUAGUUACUUUUUUCUAACUUAUUUUUGUGUGAAAAAAAGCUGUUCUUUCAUUGGCAGCUAGAUAUCAACACUGUUGCAGCAGGAGGUGGAUCUCGCUUGUUUUUCAGGGCGGGGCUAUUUGUUGUUGGGCCUGAGUCUGCUGGCGCCCAUCCAGGCCCUGUUUGUUAUCGAAAAGGUAAAGAAAUAUUUAAAGUUAUUAUAAUAUUAUAAAUGAGAAUUCCAUGUGAAUUCCAACAUUUCCUAGGGGAGGGUUUUAGCAGAUGUAGGAAUCUGUUCUCAUAGUUUCACGAAUCAUUCCAUUAAAUUUUCAACCAUGCGUGGUGAUUUAUUUAAUUUAAAUUUCAAUUGACAGGUGGGCCAUUGGCUCUUACUGAUGCAAACUUAGUUCUUGGACGUAUACUUCCUGAGUGAGUUUGGUCUGAUCAUGAUCACAGUUUGUAACAAAUAAAUUGUAGAUAAAGACUGAAUUGAACCACAUCUCUUCCUCUGUGGCGGGAGCAGUGGGACUAAGAAAGAGAACAUUCAAGGCUUUAACCAUGAAACCCCUAAGGGUGAUUGACAACUUAUUUUUAAUUUAUUCAUGGUGACUAAACACAGUGUUAACUCUUUAACUCCUAGAAGUGAUUGACAUGUAACUUCUCCCUAUUUUAUCCACACAGAAUUUAGCAAACAGGUAAUGAGAAUACUCAAACUUAUCAGGUAGAAGUUGUUAUCUUGAUCUAAUACCAAAUUCUUGUAACUGAUUCAACGGGAAAUGUGUAGCAGUAAGAGAUGAGAAUUAACAAUCAAAUCUUGGGAGUUAAAGGUUAACAAUAUUUUUCAGGUUCUUCCCCAAGAUUUUUGGACAGGAUGAGAACCUUCCAUUAGACAAACAAGGGGCAUUGGAGACUUUUCAGAGAUUCACCUUGGAGGUUUCUUGUAGCUUGUUUAAUCAUUGUUGUAAUUGAAGUAGGCACAUUUAUUCAUGGUAAACCUUUGUUAACAGCCCAUUAAUCCCUCUCAAAGUUGACCAUUUUAAAAAUGUUGAAUGUAUUCUUUCAUUAAUCUUCAGAUAAAUGAAUUCUUGGCCUCCCAAGGUGGUGAUAGCCAGAAUGUUCACCUUAGUGUUGAGGAAGUAGCCAUGGGUUUCAUUGCUGUUGCUAAUGAGACCAUGUGCCGACCUAUCAGGGGUUUGACUCAAGGCAGAGGAUACAACACUGCUGAUCAUGUCCUGGCCUGUUUUGGUGGAGCAGGAGGUCAACAUGCAUGCUCUAUAGCUCAGUCAUUGGGGAUGUCAACAGUCCUCAUUCAUCGGUGAUUUAAAAAAAUUGAUUUAAAAAAUUAGUCCUAGAAAGAAUUUACACAUGAAUGUUAGUUUUAUGUGUUUAUGGGCAAUAGUUCAUAGUCUUAGAAAUAAACUUUUGCAUUGGCAGAUUAGCAGGCAAAAACCUAAAAUUACUAUUAAUAAUUAUAUAAUAAUAUUCAAGGUUACAAGCAAGAGACUUUCCCAAACUGAUGUUGCUACAAGUUAUGAAAUAUCUUCUGACUAAGUGCAGGCUGAGAAUUAAUUAAUGUUGUAUAUCUUGGUAGCUAUUCAGGAAUCCUUUCAGCAUUUGGAUUGGCUUUAGCAGAUGUUGUUCAUGAAGCUCAAGAGCCAUGUUGCUGUGUUUAUAACAAAGGUGAGCAUAAUUUUAGAGAAAUUUUUUAAUUUGUAAUUACAAAUAAUCUGGGAUUGCCAUGAUCUUACUUCAUUGCAUUCUGUCUUUGCUCUAUAACAUCAAGUGAACCUACAGACUCUUUACACUUGUAUGACUUUGCCUAUUAUCAUAAAAUUUUUGUAUGCAUUGCCUAAUGAUGACAUUUGUAUUUACAGACCCGUUGGAGCUGUUUUGUUCUAAUUAUGUUUGUUGUAAAAAAUUUUUAAGAAUUUGUCAACACUUCUACAGACUGCUUAUUUACACCUAUCAGUGAACAAAACUUGCAUUAUUUUAUCUUAAAACAUUUGAGCAAAGCUGUUUGAUCAUUAUCGGUCAUAUAACUAAAAGAAGGUAACAAUACUUUGCAUGCAUCCAGACUCAUUCCAGUACUUAGAGGGAAGAAUUGAUUUCCUCAUGCAGCAGUGUGCAGAUGUGCUCAAACUGCAAGGGUUUGAUGAGUAAGUUUCUUGAGAAUUUGUUAGAGUUUAAAAAAUGUAUCAAUUAGGAAUUGAGGAAAGUAUUAUAGGGUAGUACAUAUGAUGUAGAGUUGCAAAAUAUUUUUUUUUCAUUUGCCAAUAAGCAUUAUUUCUGCCAGUCUUUUUUUUAUUAAAAUACCUUUUUGACCUUUUCAAGCCAGACCCACUUGAUCAAGGGUGGAAUGGCUAGAAGGAUCAGCAGAGAUUUUAAUGUUAUAGUGCCCAUUUUUCUUAAAAAAAAAUUAAUUUUAACUACCACUUGUUUAAAUGUACUUGACAAAUUUUUUUCAGUGAACAGAUAUCUACAGAAAUAUUUCUGCACAUGAGAUACAAUGGAACUGAUUGUGCAUUGAUGUGCAAUAUCUCUCCUUGCCAAACAGAAGAGGUAAUUCUGAAGUUUGCAUGUUGCUCAUUUUUUAAUUUAUUCCUAUAGCACAUUACUUUGGAAAUUUCAGGUAUUCCUGCUGUUAACAGUUAUCUCUGAAUAGCUAUUUUUUAAUGUUUUUUUUUUCGAUACUAAAUAGUCAGGGACAAGUUCUUGCUUCAACAUCGCUGACUUUGGUAAAGUUUUCACAGAGAGGUAAUUGCUGAUCAUUCAAUAUUGAUAUAAUUUCUUAUACAUAAGCAUUUACAUUUUUUUAUGUUCUAAGUUCUCUGGUUGUUAGAUGAAGUUCUAAGAGUAUUUGAAAGUGAAUUACUUGAUUGUAAUUCAAGAUGUGUCUUGAAAUUUUUGGGUUCCAGACAACUCUUAAUUACUAAAGACCCAAGAACCUUCUUUAUUGGUGAAUGCCCAGUGAGGAGUUCUGAGAUCCACCUUGUUCUUGACAAAAACUGUCACAAUGCUUAUGUGCAGGCUCACAUUGAAAUGAAGGAGAACUAGAUACUCCAAUAACUGAAAGAAACAUUUUUGGGUAUGAAACACUAGGCACUCGCAAACAUCUUAAAGAUAGGUUGUUAUGUGAAUUAACUGUUGUAGUAAUUAACAGGUAUAUGCAAGAGUUUGGCUUUACCAUUCCUAAACGGGACAUCAUAGUCAAUGAUGUGCGUGUAAGAGGCUGUGGGCAUUCCAAAACAUCAGUCACUCAUCAUCUUUCUCAUUCAAGUGCUUUGCCACCAGUCAAAAAGGUAAGCAGGGUGGUGCAUCAUGCUGUAGUAUAUACUUUAUAUUUUUUUCUCUUUUGCCCUCUUUAGACACUGAUUUAACUCUUUACACCCUAACAUCAGUGUGCAUUUUCUCGAUACUGUUCAUCAUAUACUUCUUAAGGUGCUGACAAGGAGAAUUUGUUUAACACUCAAGAGCUUCUUUAGUUGGUGAUCAUUUCCUUUAUUCUUGUGACCUUCAAGUGUGAUUCAGGGGAGUUAUUGCAGGAGAUAUUAGAUUAUUAUUUAAACUUGGCACUGUAAUUUCCUGUUUAAUUUUGAUCCGUGAAUUGCAACUCCAAACUGAAAAACUCAGCAGUUUAAUCAUUGCCUUGUUGAUUUUUUUGUAUAUUGCAUUUAACUUGGGAGAGUGAGAAUGAAACGUCCAAAAGUAUUUUGUAUUUAAGGCAAUUGGGUUUUAUCAACUGAGUUCACAAUAUAAAGUGGCCACUGUGAAGAGUUUCAAUGCCAAAUUUUUGUUGAAGCUCUUCAUCAGAGCAAACAGUAACUUAAGAAACUAUAUCCCUUCAUUUUGUGUUUAAAAUUUGCUUUUCUUGGAAGUGGUACAAAGUUACAUUUGGAUGCUGUCAGGAACAGAUAUUAUUAAAAAAAGUGUUGUAAAGUGUUGUAAAGUGUUGAUGCUAUCUGUUCUAGGUAAGACUGUGAUCUGAUCUGUUGUCAUUUGAAUCAUUUUGUAUCCAGGUAACUAAAUGUUUCUUUGAGGGUGGCUACCUUGACACCAAAGUCUAUUUCCUCAACGACCUUGCUGAAGGGCAUUUCAUUAAAGGACCAUCCAUCAUCAUAGAUCAACACAGGUAAAGGCAACUCUGCAAUGAUAGGUCUGUUUCAAUUAGUUUCUUAUGGAGGGCUUUCUGCCAAAGGUGUUCCAUAGCAAUUAAAAGAGGAUUCUGCACCAAGUGGCUCAAAGAACUUAUAAAAAAUGACAAUAUAUCGUGACAAAUUAGAUUUAUGUGAAGGUAGGUCUUCAAUGUCAUUGACAAUGUCACCAUAACCAUGAAAAUUGAAAUAUGUUGUAGUGACAGGGCUGUAAAUGGAAAUGACUGUAGUAGAAAAAUUCAAAGGGAUUGGUGGAAGUGUUAAUAACACCAAAUCUUUCUGGUUCCUGGUCAUCUCUCAUUCAUAAUAUACUGUCAUUUUACAAGUGAAAUGUAACCCUGUUUUACAAAAAAAAAUGAUUUUUUAAGAUUUAUUCAUAAUAAAUAAUGAUGCAGGUAUUCCCUAAAUAUAUUCAUCUGCCAAUGCUUAAAGAAAAAAAACUAGGAUUCAAUUUUUACAUUGCACAUUUUUGUGACAAUUGUGUUUGCAGUACUAUUCUUGUGGAGCCACAGUGUACAGCUUACAUCACAAAGUCUGGAGAUAUCAGGAUUGAGGUAAUAGUUCUUUAUCUAUUAACUUUUUGUACUUUGAAUACAAUUUUCUCAUGGAUGGAAUUGCCCUUGAAAAUAAUUUUCUUUACUUAUUCAGUUUUUAUGUUAUUUAAAUUAAUUGGUUCAUGUUUUCUAGAUAGGAAAAAACAAAGGUAGAAAACAAGUCACUACAGAGCUGGAUGCAAUACAAGUAAGUAAACUGUAAACCCAACAAAGUGUACUGUACCCUCUCUGUUACCAAAAACAUUAACUGUAGCUCUGGAUUCAAACAUUGUUUUAAGUAUCCUUAUUGACCUUUCCUUUAACUUUGCAGCUUUCCAUCUUUUCCCAUCGCUUUAUGAGUAUAACGGAUCAAAUGGGAAGGUAAAUUCAUGUAACUUAUCAGAUUCUGUAUUAUGAGGGAUAAUAACAAAAGUGAUAAUUGCGAGCUGUUAUUAAUGAAUGAUAUAUUUGAACAUUUAUAGGGUUCUUCAGAGGACUGCAAUAUCCACAAAUAUCAAGGUAAGAAGUAUGACUCUGCAGGGGAGUAUUUUGGCAUACCAUGGGUUGAAGACAAAGACAUCCUUAUUACAUUGCAUUGCUUCGACCAAGUGGGAAAACUUAGCUGUCAAUUCCUAUUUUUUAAUUAGGCAGCUGUAGUUGCCUUUGUUCUGUCUGCUAUGCCUAAAAGACUGCUGACUGACACUUCCUGAUUUCAAGCUACAUUUUAGGAGCAGAAUGUUACUCAAUCCAUUAAUCUUUUGGUGACAACCAUAAUGCAACUGACAGCUAUUGUUGUCAUGGUCUUAAUUACUUUUUGUAUUAGAUGUAUACUCCAUUAAUAUAUGAUAUGUUCUUUUUCUAGGAAAGGCUUGACUUUUCUUGUGCUAUGUUUAGUCCAGCUGGUGAUCUUGUUGCUAAUGGCCCACAUGUGCCAAUGCAUCUUGGAUCAAUGCAAGAAACUGUAAAAUAUCAGGUACAUUACAUAAUCAAUUAUAAUAUAAGGACUGAGUGUAGUUCAAUUUGGUCUGUAAUCAUAUGAGUGAUUAAGAAAUUCAGACGACCAGGAAGUGGGAGUCAGAAGUUGUUAAUCAUGAAUAAGAUUACGGACAGAAUUGGAAGACAUUUAGUCUUGUUACCAAUUAGUCAAAACUAUGACAAAAUUUGAGUAAGAAACUAGACAUUGGUUACAAUUUUUCAGAAGAAAAAAAAGAAACACAAAACAACUCGGCAAAAUGCACAACAAUAGCACAUGCAAAUAAUGCGUACUGUAAAGGCAUGACAUGUCAGAUGUCAUAUUACACUGUCCAAUUACAAGCAUGAUAAGUACACUGUCCUAUUAGUGCACAAAUCAGACUGGUGACUACCGGUCUUGUUUGAGAAUUUAGUUUUCCCUGAAGAAAUAAUUUGCCAGCUACCUUGAUUUUCUACCAAAUCAUAGAUCAGAAGUCACCUUAAGACAUCUUGUUGCAGAUUGAUCAUUUAGGAGAUAGUCUGAAUGAAGGUGAUGUAAUACUUAGUAACCAUCCAAGUGCUGGAGGAACACAUCUUCCAGACCUCACAGUCAUCACCCCAGUAAGUUUAAUCCGGAUUUAAGCUAUUUUCCAACCUUGACCAACCUUGGUUUAAGUUGCUUAAUGGUAAUUAUUGUCUCCUACAUUGAGUAGGAAAUACUGGUACAACUGAAAAAAUGUAGAGUUGAAAGGUAAAAAAAUCACUUUAUUUUAAUUAAUGAUUAAUUUCUAUUGAACCCCUUGACUCAAAAGAGUGAUGAGCAUCCUAUUUCUCCUCACAGUAUCACAGCUGAAUCAAAUAUCAAGGUCAUGAGAACAAAGGAAUUGAUCACUAUCUAAGACAGCUCAUGAUUGUUAAACAAAUUCUUCUUGUGUACAUCAUAGCAAAUUAUAGAGAAUGGUAUGGAGAAUAUGUAUGCUAAUGUUAGGGUGUAAAGGGCUAAUUUCUAUUUAAUACCUUGCAGACAUAAUGAGGAUGUAUUUGAUAUACUUGAGUUUUUUUUAAACUUAUUCUAGGUUUUUUAUCCUGGCCAAAGUAAGCCAGUCUUUUUUGUCGCAAGUCGAGGUCAUCAUGCAGAUGUUGGAGGAAUAGCCCCAGGUAAUUCAUCUUAUUCUAAAUUGAGAGAAGCAGUUAUUUACCUUAUAGAGAAUAAUUCACUUAUCAUACUCAAGACUGCACUUCAUAAAUUUAUCUCUCAAAAUCCCAAUUAAAGUUCCUGUUCAAAGUUAAGAGAUGCUCUUUAUACUGUCACUACAUAGAAGUUUAUUUAUUUUGUUUACAUCCUUGAUUUUCAUUCAGAGAAAAAAGUUAGGUUAAGGUGACCAGUCAUGUUACCUUUAGUUUGGGGAUAUUAAGCUGUCAUCUGAAUAAGUUCAUGAUGCACACUCUGUUAAUUGGUGAUAUGAAAAUUGGUACAAGUGAAUCAAAGCAUUCAGCUUUUACCUUACUUUUACAUUCAGCAGUUACAUUACUAACACUAAUGAUUGUUAUGCUUGCAGUAAAAUGUCCGGUAAACUAUAAUUGUUAAAAGCUAAAAUGAAAUUUUACUCUCUGGUAGGUUCAAUGCCCCCCCAUUCCCAUUCAAUCUUUGAUGAGGGAGCUGUAUUUAUGUCAUUUAAAUUGGUGGAGAAAGGAAUCUUUCAAGAAGAAGGUAAUCAUCUCAUCUAUGAGUGUUUUGAAGCAGCAAUCCCAUUGUUUUCUUGGAAUUCACUGUCCACAAUUUAUUUGAUCAUGACAUGUAGUUUGUGUGAUUGACUAGCUCUAAAGGUAAAGCUGUUGGAGCCUGCUAAGUACCCAGGUUGUAGUGGAAGUCGUAAUUUGCAGGACAACAUUUCAGACCUAAAGGCACAGGUGGCUGCAAAUCACAAGGUAAGGGGAAUUUGCCUCUCUUUUGAUCCACUGAGCACCUAAGUUUCCCUAUCAUGAUACAACUUAUUGCUUCUUUGUCUGUACCCCUUUACUUCCCAUGAGUGACAAAACUAAGACAGAGUUUCUUCCUACAACAUCAAUACAAUAUCAAGCAGACAAGUGAUGAGAAGAGAGAAAAAUGUAAAUUAGGGGAUUGCUAGAAGAUCCAAUAACAAAUUCUUCAAACUAGCAUUACAGGAAUUGUUUGGCAGACAGUGAGGAGAAUUACUUUUAAGAUCUGGGAGUGAAAGAGAUAAACAGAGUGUGCAACAGUCUCAUUUGGUGUCUCAUGGGUUUCACGUCUGUGGUAGUAGGACCAUUGAAUGAAAAUUUCACAUCUUUUUACUGUAGGGAAUCAACCUCAUAAAUGCACUUAUAGAUGAGUAUAGUCUUCCUGUUGUGCAAGCCUACAUGGGUUACAUUCAGGUAUGGUAACAUUUUAUUGCUACUCUGAAAAGUGAAUACAUUAUGGCAUCACUAUAAAAAACUCAAGUAUACUCCAGUUUUGACUGCUUUGAUCUCAGUUUAAAGAACUUCACUGGAAACAUGCUUCAAUAAAAUAAGUAUAAAUGAAAUAUAUCAAUUCAUUUGUUCAUGAAGUUCAGUUGAACUUUUUUUGUGGAAGUUCAUCAUAAUUAUACUCAAAGUUUGUCAAGAGUAUGUUGAAUUUCUGUAAGAGUACUAACAAAUUUUAUCAAUCUUUCUUUUUAGCAAAAUGCUGAGUUGGCUGUUAGAGAAAUGCUCACAGAAAUUGGUCUGAAAACAAAAGUAAGGAUGAAAUGAGUGCUAUGUUAUUCUUAAUUAAUAAUUAAAAAUAAUGUUAUUCUUAAAAUUUAACUGUGUUCUAAGCAAAUGCUAUGUUUUGUCAAAUUUGUAUAUGUCAAUAAAAGUAGUCUAACAGUAACUGCUUCCUGUAAUAGGAAAGAACAGGAAAGUCAGUACUGCAUGCAUUGGAACAUAUGGAUGAUGGGACUCCAAUUAAUCUUACAAUUUCUAUUGAUGAAAACAAGGUACCUACAGUUCAUUUUGAAUGGCUUUUUUUUUUUUAUUUUUACUUUUUUGUUGCUUCUUGUUUUAUUUUUGCUAAGGAUGGGAUUGGUGCAGAACGAAAGACUCUCUGCAUUGAUUCUAUCCUCUCUUACCUGCUGGAUUAUAGCAAAAAUUAUUUAAACUCAUUUAAAGGUGAUUGUACCUAAAAGAAGACAUCAAUAAUUUUUUUAUCUGGUUACAGGGGUCAGCAGUAUUUAAUUUUGCUGGAACAGGCCAGGAGUCAUAUGGAAACUGUAAUGCUCCACGGGCCAUUUCUCUUUCUGCUAUUAUCUAUUGUUUACGAAGCAUGGUUAAGCAUGAUAUUCCUCUUAAUCAGGUACAAGAACAAACAAUAUUGUAAAGCCUAAUGAAAGUAUUUUUACAUAAUUAUUAAACAAUCAAGAAGUGUGAUGAAAUAUUCAUAAAAGCAAACCUAAUUCAAGCAAAACUGGUCUCUUUGAAUGUGUUGGUGUGUUAUUGUAUACAAGGAGUACCAGGACUGGUAGCAUUUAAUUGGAGCCGGUGCAUAAUGAAAUUUUGAUGGUAACUUUGAACUUGCGGUCAAACCUGGGCAAAAACAUUUUAUUUGCAAUGAGUUCAUGUUAACUUUGUUGGUGGAAGCAUGAUCAUCUCCUGAUUUAUCCAUUAUGCAUAAAAUCAAGCAGUUUGAGCAUGGGUGUUGGGCUGGGUAAUGGUAUAGUGUGCUGGUACUGAGCGAGACCCUUAUCCCUCUUUUCCACAAGUUCAUCCCUGUCAACUCUUCUGGCUUGUCUUGGGUUCUCCAGGAUAUGGAAAAAAUCUUCUGGUCUCUUACACAGUUGCUUAAAUAUCCUGGAUAAUAUUAAGUGGGGUGCAAUAAGAAACUUUUGGUUUGUGGGGAAAGACUCAGAUAAAGCAGUCAAUCAACAAAUUUUGGCCAGGGAGGGGAUCAAACAAAAAGAAUCCUCCAAAUUGCAGAUGUUUAAGUUACUCAACAAACUUCUGUGCUGUUUCUUGCAGGGUUGUCUGGUGCCAGUAAAAGUACAUAUUCCUCCUGGUUGUCUGUUAGAUCCUUCACCCUCUGCAGCAGUGGUUGGAGGAAGUGUCCUGACCUCACAGAGGGUUGUGGAUGUCGUUCUCAAGGCUUUUGGUGUAUGUGCAGCAUCACAGGUAAUGAAAAGUUAACAUUCUUAAAAAGUUACUUGAGUACUUGGAGAACUAUCCUGUGUUGUCAGUAAAAUCCCUUGGGUUGCCUGCAAACUGGCCUGAGAUGUUGGUUAUCUUACCUCAGUUAUCAGCGAACUUACCAGGGUCAAUAACAGACUUGUUUGAGAGGUUAGUUAAUUUCCACAGUGGUUGGCAAAUGGUUUUAAGAUUUAGUUGAAAUUGUCAAAGUUAUCUGCAAGCUUGCCUAAGUUGAUUUGUCUGCAAACUCACCUCAAACUAGCUAGGGUUGUCUGUAAACUUGUCUUAGUUGUCGGCAAAAUGGCAUAAGUCGUGGGCAAGCUGUCGCAAGUUGUCAGUGAUCUCACAAACUUAUUUCCUCUUUCAGGGCUGUAUGAAUAACACAACUUUUGGUGACGAAGGUUUUGGCUAUUAUGAGACUGUGGCUGGUGGUGCAGGCGCUGUAAGUUUUAAACUAAAAAUGCUCUCUGGGCAUGUUUAUCUUUGACAUUGCCAUCUUCAUGCACCAUUGCCGCCAUGGCAAUUGUCAUUGUCAUGUACUUUAAAGCAUACAAGGGAAGUAAACUACAAAAUAGUUCUGAUUACACACACAUACAGCACUAGCAUUUGCAUUGUGACAUACCUUUUGAAUAUAUGAUAGAAAUGAGUUGGAGUUUCUGUUAAGGGUCCUACAUGGAUUGGACGAAGUGGUGUCCACACCCACAUGACAAAUACACGGAUAACAGACCCAGAGAUCAUUGAGCGAAGGUAUGUAAAGAGAAAGUAGUACUGCCUGGAGUAUUCUCAAAGGGCACAACAGCAACAAUUAUGAAAGUAUUUAAAUGUUAUUGUGAUCCAAAGAGAAGCUACUUAGUAGCUAAUUGUGUUUCUUCUUGGGUAAAUAUGAACAUUUCAGUUUGCCCUGGUCUGCCAUUAGUCAACUUAUUUUUAGUUUUGCCAUCAACUCUGAAACUUAUUAAAACUAACAAGUAUACUCUGGUGUUCAGUCAUUUAAAUUUGUGAUAUGUUGAAAUCACUCCUAACCCUUUUAAGAUCAAGACUCUAGUUUGGGCAGCCAUUAUUAUCCUCGAAAAAGAAAAAAAAAGGCUGGAGCAACAAACAGAAGCAAGUUCAUAUGAUCAAAAAACAGUAACAGCUGAUUCACUGGGAGACAAAUAAAUUAAAAUCCUAAGAUUAUAAGUUAGAACUGCUACACUAUAUAGAUAGUGCCACAAAAUAUUGGACUGACAAGCAGGCUGAUCUGCAAACAUUUUGGGGAAAGGCAGAUUAUAAUUGCUACAUUGUAUUCAUUUGCAAUUUGUAUCCUACCCAGAAACUGGUCCCAUACUACAUGUGUCUAAGAUGUUACAUUCCUUUUCAUUCCCUAUAGGUAUCCUGUUAUUCUUCUUCACUUUCAUCUCAACCCUGGUACUGGAGGUGAUGGUUUUUACAAGGGAGGGGAUGGUGUCAUUCGAGAGUUGAUGUUCAGAAGAAAACAAGUCUUGUCAGUUUUGUGCGAGAGGAGAUCAGCAUUUCAACCCUAUGGACUACAAGGUAAAGAAAAGGGAUCAAUAUCAGUAUCUGGGAAACUGCCCACCUACCCCUCCCCUAACUCAACAACAGUCAAUUAAUAACAAGUUAGGGUUACUGUUGGGUUCGGGGAGUGGUAGGUGGGCAGUUGCUCAGAUACUAAUAUUGAUCCAAGAAAGGUUUUCAGCCCAUAAGACAACACACUUCUUUCCCUUCCUACUUUUGGGUAAGUAUCAAUAUCACACACCAGCUUUUCAGUGUUGUGUUCAGGAGAUCCUAAAGAUGGGCUGUGGCCCAGUCACCUUUGCGAUGGUCUUGUUGCUCAGGAGACUGCUGCCCUCCUCUCUCACUGCCUUAAUGACACCUACCCUUCAAUAUUAUUGAUGAAGUGUUUUGAUUACAUGUACACUAAAAAUCACUUCAUUACAACAUAUUACUUCAUUUUAAUGAGGAAGUGAUUCCACUUGGUCUAUUUUCUUGUCAUCAUCAAUCUUCAGAUGCAGCAUCAUCAUCAACAUUUUGUUUUACAUAGAUUUACACUAACACCUUUUGUAGAAAUGCACAAAAAAAUGUGGAUCUUGAAUUUAUGCAUGGGCCUUUGUGAUAUGCAAUCACAAAUGUCCAUUUCCUUGGUUUGUAAAUCCUACAUUAUUUACUUUGUUUAGCUCCUAUUGUUACCAUGCUGCCCUUUCAGCUGGGUAGACAACCCCAUCCCCUCACCUUUAGGAAGUGAGAAUUUGUUUUUGUGACCUAAAAACAGUGUGUCAAUAAAAUUUUAUCAGGAGGAAGACCAGGAAGCACAGGCAUCAAUCUUUUAAUUCAAAACAGUGGAAAAGUAAUCAACAUUGGCUCCAAAACAACUAUUGAAGUUGGUGCAGGGGUGAGGCAUUUCACACACUUUGUACCUUUGCAAACAAUAACACCUCUUUUUAUAAGAUACACCUUACAGUCAAGUAUGCACAGAAAUGAAGAUUGGCCUGUUUUCCAUAAAAUUGUCCCCAUCAUCACAGUUUUUGAGCAAAAUGGGAGGACUAGGCCAUUAAUAUGGAAGCAGUGAGGUUUUAGGGCAAACUACAAAAAUGGGGUUACCAAAGGGUUACUAAAAAAUCUCAUGCCUCCAAAGUUACCAUUCCUCGGGGCAAAAUAUUCAUUUAUUGCGUUUUUUUUAAUGUAGGAUUGUCUUAGAAUCCAGACCCCUGGUGGAGGUGGAUAUGGACCUCCACUAAAUGACAAAACUUAAAGAAGACUGGAUUCCAGGAUGCAGAACUCAUCAAGCCAGAAAAUUUUUU